AUGGUCUCUGGUUUUAUCGCAAGCGUGCAAGGCCACAUAUUCACCGACAAGUUUCUUGUUCUAGCAAAGGUGAGACAUUCCCAGCGUAUGAACGACUCUCUUAUUUCAUGUUGGGUUAUCACGGAAAGAGAAGGAACAAUUUUGUUUGCACACUGCUUAGGUUGCAAGGCUGGCCUGGCAGAAACCUGUUCGCAUAUAGCAAGCGUGCUAUUUUAUCUGGAAGCGUGGACAAAAAUAAAUGGCAGACUUGCCUGCACGCAAGUGAAGUGCUCGUGGUUUUUACCUACCUACGUCAAACAAGUAGAAUAUGAAAAGAAUAUUUUUCUUUAAUUUUGUUACCAUAAUUUGGCAAUGACAAGGGCAUUCCUAAUGAAUCCUACAUGUAAAGCUGCAGUAUUAUUUGUGUAGAAAAUAAGAUGUUUUAUUAUGAUAUUUAGCAUAAAAUAGUGAUAUUUCAAAAUUGUUAAAAAGAAUCACAAGUAAAACAUCUAUUUUUAAUUCAUAACAUGGCCCAAGAACAUUCGGCAAUUCUGAUUAUUUUUCUCAAUAUAGAGAGCAAUAGUUACCAUAUAAAGAAGUUUGUAAUGCCACUAUUAAUGAUAAAUAUCACAAGCCAACAAAUUGCAGGAUUUCAUUUAGCUAAAUAAUAAACAGAGAAAAAAUGCACUCAACUGGUGGUGGCUAUCAGUUUAAGUUUUGUUUUGUGACUUGAACUCUUCUACUGCAUACUUCAAAAAAUGUUGAAAGUAGUAUGUCCUGAGGUCAUCUUGGAGUUUUUUCCAAAAUUCCACAUCAAGUGAAACUCUCUCUACGUACAAACCUCUCUUUGUGUACACAACAAAGUCACACCAUUGGGCUCCAGUGACUCCCAUUUGCCCUUGGACUUGGGCGUAGUAAGCAUGCUCUGUUUUCAGCCUGCACGUUGUUUCACUAGUUUUCUCCAUGAGAAUUUGGGAUCUGAACAUGCUUCAAGUGGCGAAAAAUUUGCCUUGGUCCAAGGACACUUCACUUCAACCAAACCAAAACAGUCUGCACAUCCUGGAUCAAUAACCUUCCCAUCAGGUGAAGCACCAAGUAUUGGGUAAGACUGAGAAAUAACAAGCCCUGAUGGGAUGACAGUGAUGGGCAUUCUCUUAGCUCUCAUGAUUCACUGGUACUCCAUUAGAGCAACGGGUUCAAACUUCUUACCAUGUUCAAUGUACUUGUUGUUGAGCACUGGUGGAUUCAUAAUAGUGUUGGCAAAUGCAUCAUGAUUUCUUUUUCUUUUUCUUAUUAAAUCAAACAAGGACGCAGUGAAGCGGUAUUUUCACUGUUGCUGCCACUCAGCACAAUUGGAUUGCUUGAUGGUGAGCUUCUCAAUAUGAGUAAUCAGAUUCUCAUCUACUUCAAGAAAUUAAAGAAGAGACUGUUCAUUUUUACUUAAAUUCUGUGGUACUGUCAUUUUGGUCAACUCGUCUGUCAAUGGAAAGUGUGGGUACACAGUUUCAAAAAUUGCCCCAACUGCUGCUCUUGGUAUGGAGCUAACAUCCACAUUGCUUUAAAAUUUGACUCAGUAAAGGACAAGUGGUAUGACAGCAAGCUUCCAACAGGGCAUUUGCCAUUUUUUGUCUCAACAACGCUAGUGGUACAUGUUGUGCUGUCUUGGGACAUUUGGGAAAAUCCCAUGCCUGGAAGUAUGCCAUUUAAUUUUGUUUUCAACCCUUUUUCUUUUUGCUGGUCGCAGGUCACGUUAACUAGUGCUUCCUGGAGGAGUGAUUUUAUUCCUACUCAUUUUGUGUUUUCACUAUCCUCAAGUUUAGUUUUAUUAACCGCAACAUUAAUAAUGGGUUCUGGAACAAUAUUUGACCCAUCUCCUUUUUUAUGCCACUUCUGCAGUUCUGAAGUACAUUCAAGAGCUGCGUUCUGAUCUGUUUCUUGGCAUAGAUCUCUUCUGGAUUGGCACUCAAAUACAGUAAACUUGCACAGUUUUAGCAACAAUGCAAGAGUGUGGUUGCAGUAUCCUACUUCCCCGUUGCCUUCAUUACAUCUCUAGUGAUUAUACAUAAUGCUACUUUAAGCUUGUGUGGAGGGUCAUUUUUCCGAAAACUAUGGCAACAUCUCGCUCUGACAUAAAAACAUUGUUGGUCGUCGUUGGUCGUCGUUGGUCUUGAUGUCCUCUAGGAAGGUCUUGUAGGCACGCUGUUGGUAUUUUUGUUUGCAAUAUUCUUUCCAGACUGUGUUAUAUGUCUGUUCAUCUCUGCUUUAGUGAAAAGGGGCAUUCUUUGAAGAGAUAAACCCUAGUUAUUGUUGGGGAACUUGACGAGAAUGUGACAGUAAAUGUCCGAACUCACGUUGUUCAACAAGUGGUGUUUUUUACGCUUUAAAUACAAAUUAUUUGGAUCAGGAUCCACAAUACCUUUAUCCUUUCCAGAGUUUAUGUAUUCCAAGACCCUAGAAGUAUAAGAAUUAGGGAAAGUUUACUUUAUAACAUCAAAAGGAACUGUUGUAAAAUCUCUCAAGGGAUCACCCAAUCGAAUGUGCACAGGUCAAACACACUAACCUUUUCACAUGCUAUGCUUUUGUCUUCAACCCUUUCGCUGGAUUGCCUUGACACUUGAGCCAAAAUCUUAACUCAACAGUUUUUAAUUCAGGAACUUUUCUUCCUUCAAGGGAAGUGCCUGGUAUGUCAUUUUCAGUUAAGAAGCUAGAGCUUGCUUGUAAGCUUUUGUCUGCAUCAGACGCCAUUAUGUGAAAGCAUGCCUUUUAGGCCUUGAUUUUGUGCAUUUUUGUGUAGCCAGUGCCAGUCUCUCAUGGUUUUUUCUGCCAUUAUGGCAAAGGUGUAUUUGGUUUUGGAUACCAGCUUUAAUACUGCUAAGUAG